AUGUGCACCAGGGGUCAGAUCAUUGCCAGUCUCUUCGUGCUCUCCGCUAUGGAAAUAGGCUUCGGGGUUACGAGCGUGGCUUUGGGCGCAGUCACCAUCGGGAGGAGCCGGGCUCGCCAACCCCAGCUCGGGGACUCUUCACCGGUAUGGAGCGGUGUUUGUUUUUUAAUCUGUGGAAUAUGUGGAAUUGUCUGCGCCAAAAAGAAAUCUGGUCGGAUAAUGAUAUUAUUUUCUGCCUGUUGUAUCUGUGGACUGAUCGGAGGAAUAUUAAAUUUUCAGUUUCUGCGAGCAGUAGCAAAAAGGACAUUUACUUACCCCAUUUAUCUUGCUUCCAUGUCAAUGGCAUGUCUGGGCAUUGUGGGGUGCACCCUGUCUGCCUGGCUCACUUGUCGGCUGGCCAGCAACGAGCAACAGAGAAUGUUCCUAGAAAGAGAUCACUCACUGCACCACUCUCAUGAAAUGACAGAAAAAAAAUUGACAGAUUCUUGA